AAGCCGAUCACUCCUCCUCCCCUGCUUUUAGUUGUACUGUCUUCAGGAGAACUGCCACAGUUUUAGCUGUAGCAGCGGAGUUGACGUUAGCCGCUAAAAGGAGCAGAAGAAGGGGAGCUGUGGACGGACCUCCCCUUGUGUUUGUUUUAAGAAGAUUUGAAGAUGGCGACCAGCUCGGAGCGUAGUCCUCCUCCGUUUCCCGACUCCGAGGACCAAGAUGUGCUGGAAACCGAAGAAGUUGGAGGCCGAGACAGUGAUGAAGACGACGGGGACGAUCUCUUCAUGAGCACAAGCAACCCUCCACUGACUGGAAUGGACAGCAUACUGUCUCCUACCAUUGAACCCAGUAAUGUUUUAAUUAAACCUCCCGUUGACCUCAUGGAUGACCCCUUAUUCGAGCCCGUCAGCAUCCAAACAGCAAACACACCAUCCAGCAAAGUCAUGAGCGACCCCUCGGAUGAUUUUGUUGACCUAACUAACAACAUCACCGACUCUCCGGAUGAAGAAGACACAGCUGAGAGUCCCGUUGCAGAUCCAGAAGAGGACAACACUGAAAUCCCUUUAGACGAGCCCGCGGAGGAAUUUGAAGACAUAUUUGGAAGUGAAACCGAAGCCCCGCAAGAGGAAGUUGUAGAAGCAGAUGUUACUGUUGAAGAAACGCCAACGGAUAAGGUUGAAGAGGCCAGUAGUGUUACAGUUCCACCUGUUGACGGGAAAACAGGAAGUGAUGAGGAAGGGGAAGCAAUAGAAACUUCCUCUGAUCCAAUUAUCAACCUCGGUGCUGAUUUGCCAGCCGUUAAAACAGAACAGCCGCCACCUGCCAGCCAAGCAUUCGUUGACCCUUUGGAAGACCUUCUCAGUGAUGUUUCGCCCGCCGCAGAAACACAACAGCCACCGCCUGCCAGCGUCACAUUUGCUGACCCUUUGGUUGAUAUCAUCAUUGAUGAUUCCCCACCUGCUGAAACACAAGAACCACCGCGUGCCAGCAAAGCAUUCUUUGACCCUUUGGAAGACCUUCUCGGCGCUGUUUCGCCAGCCACUGAAACACAACAGCCACCGCCUGCCAGCCAAACGUUCAGUGACCCCUUGGUUGACCUCCUUAGUGCUGCUGCCGAAGCCAAAAUAGCCACACCGGCAACAGUCGAUCUUUUCGACGAGGAGGGGAGCGACUUUUUCACAGAAGCACGGCAGACCAAACCUGCCAAGCAGCAGAAGAGCCUCUUCGGAGAAGCGGACGAGGAUCUGUUCGGUGAGCCGCUGGGGGCCACCUCAAAGAAAGCUGUGAGCACGGAGCCGAAGGACAAACCCGUCAAAACCAAAGCUGCUUCCACUGAUGUUAGCAACAUGGGGGGGCCUCUGCAGGACAGUACUCCUGCAGAACCUGCUGAUCUCUUCAGUGAGGAAGCCGUCGCCACCGUGCCCAUCGUCAAAAACACCAGCGCCGCCAGCUCCAAGACCAAUGGAGUCCACUCUGAAGAGGACAUGGAUAUAUUUGCAGAAGCCACAGUGGAGCUUUCCCUCGACAGUCCGCGGGAAGAGAGAAAGAAAGAUGUGACAGUCGCACCGUCUACGUCCGCCGCCGCCCCCCUGUCAGCUGCUGCCAGCCUGGUGAAGCCACAAGCUGCUGCCCUGGAGGAGUUGGAAGAGGAGGAAGAAGAAGAAGAACAGGAAGACAAAUUUGAGAUCCUGGUGUCUGUUAAAGAUCCUGAAAAAGUUGGUGAUGGAAUGAACGCCUACAUGGGCUACAAAGUAACCACACAGACCCAAAUGCCGAUGUUCCGCAACAAGACGUUCACCGUGAGGCGCCGCUUCAGCGACUUCCUCGGCCUCUACGAGAAGCUUUCUGAAAAACAUGGACCAAAUGGAUUCAUCGUGCCUCCGCCUCCAGAGAAGAGCAUCCUGGGAAUGACAAAGGUGAAGGUGGGAAAGGAUGAUUCUUCCGCAGCAGACUUUGUGGAGAGAAGAAGAGCUGCUCUGGAGAGGUAUCUCCAGAGGGUGGUAAAUCACCCGUCACUCCUCCAGGAUCCUGAUGUCAGAGAGUUUCUGGAGAGAGAUGAGUUGCCCAGAGCAACGAGCACCCAGGCUCUGAGUGGCGCCGGCUUCCUGAAAAUGAUCAACAAAGCAACAGAUGCUGUCAGUAAAAUGACCAUCAAAAUGAACGAGUCAGACGUGUGGUUUGAGGAGAAGCUGCAGGAGGUGGAGUCUUCAGAUCAGCACUUCAGGAAGCUCCACGCAUUGGUGGAGUCUCUGGUGGUCCACAGGAAAGAGCUGUCGUUGAACACGGCCGGCUUCGCUAAGAGCACGGCGAUGCUGGGCAGUGCGGAGGACAACACGGCUCUGUCCCGCGCCCUCUCUCAGCUGGCCGAGGUGGAGGACAAGAUGGAGCAGCUGCACCAGGACCAGGCCGCCAACGACACCUUCAGCUUCGCAGAGCUCAUCGCAGACUACAUCCGCCUGCUGGGAGCCGUCAGGGGGUCGUUUGAUCACCGGAUGAAGGCGUGGCAGCGCUGGCAGGACGCUCAGACCGCUCUGCAGAAGAAGAGAGAGACAGAGGCCAAGCUGCUGUGGGCGAACAAGCCCGACAAGCUGCAGCUGGCCAAAGAGGAGAUCGCUGAGUGGGAGGCCAAGGUGACGCAGUACGAGAGGGACUUUGAAAGAGUUUCUGCUACCGUGCGCAAGGAAGUGGUGCGCUUUGAGAAGGAGAAGGCCAGGAACUGUAAAAGAGAGAUCAUUAAUUACCUGGAGUGUCUGCUGCAGUCUCAGCAACAGCUCAUAAAGUACUGGGAGGCUUUCUUACCAGAAGCCAAAGCUAUCGCCUAGCGCUGGAGCUCCUUCUCUCCAGGCGGCCUUCUUCUUAUACACUUUACCUCUUGCCUUUAAACCAAGGAAAAUGCGCGCAUUGUAAAGGGAGAUACAAUCAACCAGUUUUUUUUAAUCACCUUUAACAUAUAGCUCUGUACUCUAUUAAUAAUUGUAUAUUUUCAUUUAACCUUCCACAAAUAUUUUCUUAUUAGAUGAAAAAAGAGUUUGCAUACAGUAUACAAAGAUUAAGGACACACGAGAAAGAGAAAGCAGGUGAAUGAUUCCAUUAGUUUUCCACAAGAGAAGGGAAAUGAGUCCGUUGUUCUCAGGAUUUCUCCUCCAUCAGCAGUGGGUCUUGUUUACAGCGCGGCUGCUCUCUCAGCACACUCUCUGGGGACCCAGGUGAAGAAAGUGGCCUAGAGUCUCACUCUGCUUUUAAAUGACUCCAACGGAUACAAAAAAAAGAAAUGAAUUCUGAGCACUUCCACCAGGUGGAUAAGAUAAUGAAAUACCAGCCAUGUUUUUGUUAUUGUUUGUUUUUCUUUAAGAGUUAAACUACUAUGGGUGCAGGGUGUUGAGGCAUUAGAUUAUUACCGCUGCGGUCGGGGUGGGGGGGGGGGCAUCAUAGGUCAAAGCUUGUGAGCUCACUUUUUGUAGAUCUUGUUUCAAUCAAACUCUUAUAACUACACAUGUCUGUGCCUUUUGAAGUCAGAGGGGUGUUUAAGGGUUUUUUUUAAAAUGGGAGAAACGUGUUCUCAGUUGUAGAGAACAGCCACAAAAUGUCAAAGCUGAGUUUAACCAAACUGGCGUCUCAUGUUAAAGCCCAUUUACUACAAAUUAAGUUUUUUUUCCACUAUAUUCUAGUUUAUAACGCUACAUUGUUUUCUUUGUGAAUGUGUUACUUUCCAGACAGCCUUCUGUAUGAAAAUGAACUUGCACAGACUUGAAACGGGUAAUCCUCACAGUGAGAUUUAUGAAUGAAUCAUUUUCCCGUGGUAAUGCAGAACUGUAAGUGCCAGUUUAACGAUUCACUGAUGACUAGUCAUACAGUGAAUGCUGCGUUUCCACUGUAAGGAUCAGCCUGAAGAGCUUCAAGUCUCUGCAAGUGGAUUCUCCUGCGUUAGUGACGUAAUGCAAACCAAAGGCUGCCUGGAUGUGAGGGUUCUGAGUCUUUCUUUGAGACGUGGUUGUCAGUAAUACGAGGGCUGCAACUAACACUUAUUUUCAUUUUGUUUUUGUCUGAAAAUUAAAUGCUUAGUCUAUAAAAUGACUCAAAAUAUUGUAAAAUGGUUCCCAGAGCCUAAGGUGUCAUCAUACAAUGGUUUAAUCUAUAGUUUUGUUUUAAAGGUACCCUGUGGAAUUUUGACCAGUAACAGCAUUAUGAAGACACUUUUCUACGUUUUGUUUCUGCUGGUCGACAGCUUGUGUUUGUUAGCCAACAAAGUCAAGGACCGUUUCUCAAUGUCGAGUACACAUGCUGCAGAGCCACUAUUUCAAGUAUACUACGUCAUCGAGUGGCGCCGAAUGCUGGGCAUUUAACAUGCAUUUAAACAGUCCUUCGGCGCCUCUCGAUAGUAUACUUGAAAUAGUGGCUCUGCAGGAGGUAUACGCGACAUUGAGAAAUGGCCACGGAGUAGGACCGCUAGCUAGUAAAUGGAUGGCUGCAAAUAAAACAAACAAUUGUAUAUUUCAUAUUGUUUCACACAAGAUGGCUCGGCAAGUGAAUUCAACUCAUCUGUUAGAGCGCUAAGAAGCACUCAACAGUGAAUGUUAACACAACUGUAAACAAAAAUCCACAGGGUACCUUUUUGAUUUAACAGAAAAACAGAAAGUGGAACCGGCGACGGGAGGGCAUUUGUGCUUGAUGCACUGUUACUAAUUAACAUCUGUGUUGGUGAAUACUUCUGUUGAUUGUCUGAUUGAUUCAGCUCUAAAUAAAAUAAUUUUCUAGUAAAUGGGCAAAACAAAAAAAGGACUUGAUGCUGACUUGUAGACAUGAGAUUAAUGUCAAAUACUAAACGUACUGAUGUCAUAAUGAACCUAAUUCAUCCGUCAUCCUGCACACGGUAUCAAACCGGUGCCAUCCUUUGAUUACAGCUUUAAUGUCACAUUUGCACACACUUUAAUUGAAGCUGUGUCAUUUGUCAUCAUCUCUUAACUUGCAGACAUUUCUUUGCACAGUUUUCCGUUUGUUUUUCUCACAGUAAGAUGCACGCUUGUUUUAAACUGUUGUUAGACAGCACUUAAAUCUGGUUGUUGGUGUGACUUCAUACUGUACGUCAUCAUGUGUCAUAGAAAUUACUUUUGAAACAAAUCAAUAAAAGUUGCACUGUUUACACUUGGAAAUUUCA